GUUGAUGGAACGCGUGUUCUCGCGGCGCUCACCUGUAACGGUCGCUGGCUCGCGCAGGCGGUUCAAAUCAAGGGCAUUGUUGGUCCCGCUCCCGGUUGUCAAGGUGAUAUUUCUCCCCCCCUCACACCCCCCCCCGCUCCGCAGCGAGGCUCGGGGAAGGCAGUCUUCAGGCCCUCGACCAAACGGAAGUGACUCGCCGGCUUCCGGUAAGAUGGCUGCGCCCAUGUGAGUGGCCGUUACUCUCGAACACACACACACACACACACACGCGCGGUUCCUCCGCACUCGGAGGAUGUGGGCCCAGUGCCGGACCCUCCUGCUCGGCCGCUGUCGGCCCGCCCUCUCCAUCCCGCACCGCGGCCGCAAGUCCCGCAACGACCCUCCCGCCAAAUCCAAGGCCGAUCGGCGGCGGGUGCCGACCCCGGUGGAUCCGGCGGAGCUGCUGGUGUUGAAGGAGCGGUACCGGCAGCACGUGGCUGUGAUCGGGGCCCUCAGGGCUGAGUUUAAGGAGGAAAUGCUGCGGAAGCGUUAUGAAGAGGAGGUGGGCUCAUUGGCUGAGGAACGAGCACAACUAGAAGCUGAAGAACAUCGGAGGCUCAUGGCUUUCAAUAAACUAGAGAAUGAACGACUCCAAAAAAUCCGUGAGGAGCGACUCCAAAGAGAGGCAGAAGAGGAGCAGGAGCAGAAACUCCAGGCAGCCAUCAGCAGAGAAAAAAAAAAGAUUGAGUUCCUAAAGGAGAAGGAACAGGAAGUGCUACAGCUUCAGGAGGAGGUGAAGAAUUUCAUCACGCUAGAAAAUUUGGAUCAACGGAUAGCAGAAGCUCUGGACAAUCCAAAAAAUUACAACUUUGCCAUUGACACGGAGGGCCGGAUCAUAAGGAGCCCCGUGAAGCAGCAGACCACACAGCACGGCUGAGCAGACACCUCAUCUGAACCCUGCACUGUUCUGCCAAGCUCACUUCUCUGAAGUGGCUGGUACUGGGGCGUCAUUAAUGUGAAAUUAGGAGGGAAGGUGUGAAUGCCUUCAAACAGUAACAAACUGUACAAUAGGUUGAUCAACUUAGCUUGGUUGAGGGAUAUCCUGAUCCAGCAAUCGAGCAAAACGUAGCACCUUCAAAAAUGUAUCCCAAUUGGACAUGUCUAUUUCAUACUGUCCAAAAGAGCUGUUUUCAGGAUGUAUAGGACUAGUUUUUUUUUCAGAGUUUAAAGUCAAUCAAUUCACUUAUAAGCUCCCCUGAUUAUUCUCUGCAACAGUGAAUCUACUUUCAUAAAGCUGGAGCUGAAUUGCGCCAAUAAAUACAACUCAGUUUGUGGUCUGGGUGUGCCUUGUAUCAAUAAUACAACAGUAAAUGUUUAUGUUACAGUACCUGUAACAUAAUAAGGCAAAAAGGCACAUUUAAUCUGGGUAUGCAUUAAAUAUAAUUGAAAAAGAUUUCACUUUUGAUGGUUUGCAUUGGCCUUAAAAGGCUUUGCAUGUGAAUAUUGAAUCGAUUACACAGGUGAUUUAUAACUUAUGAUGGUUAGUAGUUUACAUAGAAAAUGUCACAGUGAUUUUGAUGGUGGAAGGUCACUCAGUUGUGAGUGAUAACACUUCUGGGUCGAAAGAUAAAAAGGGUCCUAAUUUGCUAUGCCAUUCCAAAUGGGCUCACAGAAAUGUAUAGCGUGGAAACAGACCCUUCAGUGCAACUUGUCCAUGCUGACCAGGUAGCCUAACCUCAUCUCUUUCCAUUUACCAGCAUUUGGCCCUCUUCAUAAAUCCAUCCAGAUGCCUUUUAAAUGUUGCAAUUGUACCAGCCUCCACCAUUUCCUCUGGCAGCUCAUUCCAUACAUGUACCACCCUCUGUGUGAAAAGGUUGCCCCUAAAAUCCCUUUUAAAUAUUUCCCCUCUCAUCUUAAACCUAUGCCCUCUAUUUUAGACUCCCUUACCCUGGAAAAAAGACUUUUGGCUUUUCACCCUAUUGAUGCCAGUAUCACUGUUUUAGCACAGUGUCAGCUUAGUCUGUAUUUUCACCUUCAGAGCUGGAUGGAACUGAAUUUUUCAUGGGUGAUCCCUCAGGAUUAAGGGUGACUUGUCUGUAUCCCAGUUCAAUGUGUUCUGAGAUUGUUGAUAAAUCCAAUGGAUAAUUUGCAGACUUUGCCGUAUGCCAGUGGUGCUUGAAGGGUUAAGUAAAUCGGUUGUUUGGAGGUUUGUGCACACCCUUCACUACCUCAGCUUUACUCUGCAAGCUCCAGCUGUAUUCUCUGCCUGUGAUUGCUGCCAACCUGGAAUAAUCUUCUCAAGUGUUGGUCACAAAUCAGGACUUCUAGGAGUGCCGACAGGCUGUUUGACCUUUUGGAUGUGACCUGAGGACAUUCUUAAAGCGUUUCCAUUGUCCUUCUUCACACAACCUGCCAAGAACGAGUUCUACAUAAAGUGGGUGCUUCAAUGUCUGUGGUGGGCAAAUGAAUGAGAUGAUGGAAAACAAGGGUCUAACUGGAGACAAGGUUCAGAUCCCAUCAUGAUAGCUGGGGGAAUUGAAAUUCAAGAAAGAACUCUGGAAAAACACUCGUCUCAGUAAUGGUGACCACAAAGCUAUCAUUAAUCAUUGUAAAAAUCCAAGUGGUUCAUUAAUAUCUAUUUAGGGAGGGAAAUGUGUUGCUUUACCUGGCUUGACCUACAUGUAAUUUCAGAACCAUAGUGUGGUUGACCCUUACCUGCUGCCUUGAACUAUCCUGCCUACCCAUCUUCCUUCCCACCUGUCCACCCCACCCUCCCCACCGACCUAUCAACAUCACCCCCACCUGCAUCUGCCAAUCGCUUUCCCAGCUACCUUUCCCCACACUCCUAUUUAUCUCUCAGCCCUCUUUCUCCCCCCAUAUUCCUGAUGAAGGGCUUAUGCCCAGAACUUCAUCUCUCCUGAUGUUUGGAUGCUGCCCGACCUGUUUUUCCAGCUUUUCGACUGAUCUCCAGCAUCUGCAGUCCUCACUCUCUCAUUCACUGGACCUAGGUACGUUAUAAAUCAAAUCAAAAAAGGUCUUUAAAGUAUGUGCGGGCCUGGAGAUCACUGUUGCCCAGUAAGUCGUGACUUUUAACUUCGAUUUGAGACCCUGGUGCUCAAAUGGUUGCAGGCUGAGCUGGCAGCGUGGAGGUGAUGAUGAUCGUCUGUGUCUACCUUCCUUCAAACAGGGAUUUCCAAGGUGUGGGAAAUGGUCAACAUUCUUACUGAGUACUUAGAAUGGAGAGAGGCAAAUGAUUAAGAUCUUCGGCCAAGUGCUUGUGUUCAGGUAGAGGCGGUAGUAAAAUGGUAUUGUUGCUGCACUAGUAACCCUGGACUAGUUACAGACAAUACUCUGGGACCCAGGUUCAGGUCCCAUCAAAGAAAGUCUGGACCUAAAAGUCAAAUGAUGACCAUGAAACGUGAUUGUCAUAAAAAACCCAUCUGCUUUGCUAAUUAUCUUGUGUCAUCCUUACAUGUGGUUUUGAAGUGGUCCAGCAUAUUCAAAAUGAUUUUUAAGAAAACUGGGAAAAAAAAAUAAAGCCAGAUUACCUUGCACCAACCUGGAUACAAGAAAGGACAACGGCAAACUCAGCAAAGUCCCCCUCACCAUCAGUUAGGGGCUAGUACCAAAAUGCAGGGAGCUGUCUCACAAACUACUGAAGCAACAUCAGACAGAGUUAUACUCACAGAUAGUGUCCUACAAAAUGAAAUCACCAUCCCUGGGUAUGUACUCGCCCACCAUCAGGACAGAUCCAGCAGAGGUGUUGGUACAAUGGGGGAGACCUGACCUGACUCAUGAAGUCUCGUGGCAUCAGGUCAAACAUGGGCAAAGAAUGCUACUGAUCAUCUCAUACCACCUUCUCUCAGCUGCUUCGUCAUACAGCACAGAAGCAGACCCUGCUUCCCGACUUGUCCAUGCCCAACACGUUUCCUAAACUGAAUAUCACAAUUUCCUGCAUUUGCCCCAUAUCCCUCUAAACCUUUCCUCUCCGUGUAUCUGUCCAAAAGUAUUUUAAAUGUUUUAGUUGUACCUACCUCUACCACCUCCUCUGACAGCUCGUUCCAUAUACACAGUACCUUCUGUGUGAAGACGUUGCCCCUCAAGUCCCUUUUCCCUUCUCACCUUAAAUCUAUGCUUUCAAGUUUUGGACACCCUGACCAUGGGGAAAAGGCUUCGCUAUUCACCUUAUCUAUGCCCCACAUGAUUUGAACUGAGGCUGUAAUGAGGUUAGGAGUUGAAUGGCCCUGGCAGAAUCCAAACUGGGCGUCACUGAGCGGGCUAUUGCUGAGCAAUAACUGAGCUGUUUGAUAGCAUGUUAAUGAUACCUUCCAUCACUUUACUGAUGAUUGAGAGUAGACUGAUGGGGUGGUAAUUGGCCGGGUUGGAUUUGUCCUACUUUUUGUAUACAGGACAGACCUGGCCAAUUUUCCACAUUGUUGGGUAGAUGCCAGUGUUGUUACUGUACUGGAAUAGUUUGGCCAGGAGAGGGGCAAGUUCUGGAGCAUAAGUCUUCAGUACUAUCGCUGGAAUGUUGUCCGGGCCCAUAGCCUUUACAGUAUCCCAUGUCUCCAACCGUUUCUUGGUAUCACGUGGAGUGAAUUGAAUUGACUGGAGACCAGAAUCCUGCCAUUCCCCAGAGAUUUUGUGUAUGCUUAUUCAUAUGCUGACACAUUGACUUCUGCUGCUGGAAAUUGCCAGAAAUCAUAGUGUGCCACGAGAAAACAAUCUGAGGGCCUUUUAUUGGAACCUGUGGGAUACUGGGGAAACCAAAUUGGAUCAACCAUUUAGCACUUUGGGCUGAAGAUUGUUGCAAAUGCUUCCACCUUACCUUUCUCGCUAGUGUGAUACACCUGCCUAUUAUUGAAGAUUUAUUUAGAUUGAUUUAAAUUUAUUUAAUAUUGUAAUUGGUGCCCAGAAAAACGGAUAAUGUCGCCAUGCCCAGGCACUGUCUUGAAUUACAGAAUGACUUACUGAAUAAAUUGAUAUUAAAUUGA